ACAGGCAACUAGUAAAACAUUAGUGUAUAUUUGGUCACCAACACGGCAAAAAAAAUCGAUUGAUAACUGUUAUCUCGUCAGUUUACAUCACAUUUUCGAUGAAUUGUUACUCCAAUUAAUUGAAUAAAAUGCAUACGGACUUGUCGCCCCAUUUGCACACCGCCAAAUGCAACGAACUAAUCGAAAAAUUAAGAAAUUGUCACAGGGAGCACACAUUUGGGAAGUUUGUGGGCUUUUGCAACAGUCUGGAUACCGCAGUGACCAAAUGUUUGAAAGAAGAAAGACAGAGGCGGAGGCAAGAAAACUACGAUAAAUCGCAACAACUCAAAGCCAAAUUACGUCUCCAGUUUGAAGAAGACCGAAAAAAACGCGACGCUCUUUAACCGUGUUAUUAAUAAAUCGAUUUUCUGAA